CUCUCACUAGAGGGAUUAUGUCGACGUUACAAAUGUGAUAUCAUGUGUUAUAUACGCUGGUGAACCUUGCACUUUUAAAUUACGCUAAACGCUCUCCUUUUUAAAAGUUUCCGAGAUAGAUUUUUUGACUGUGUUGUGAAGAGUUUUGAUUAAGAUCUAAGAUGACGAUGCACAUAGACUCCUAUGUAAAAGAGGCCAUGUACUGAAAUGAAUAUAGAACAAUCUCCAGGUUCAACUAUAAUUCAUCGGCGUCCACCAGAAGUACUACUGGACGUUGACAUCAAGCAUGCAGAGGAAAGUUUGGGAUUGGUUGAACAGAAAUUAGAAGAACAUCAUGUACAUCACAAAGAAAAGCUUACCAACAAAGAAAAAGUCCUCACUUCUCUUACAGCAGGUGCUAUGGCAGGAGCUAUUGCCAAGACUGUUAUUGCUCCUCUUGAUCGAACAAAAAUUAAUUUCCAGAUCCAGAAUAAGAAGUUCACGUUUCGAGAAGCUUUCCAGUUCCUUAUUGAAAGCUACAGGUCAGCUGGUAUCCUGAGCUGGUGGCGAGGGAACUCUGCUACAAUGGCCAGAGUCGUUCCAUACGCUUCCAUACAGUAUGCUGCUCAUGAGCAGUGGAAGCGAGUUCUACAAGUUGAAACUAUUGUACAGAAGAAAUCCUACCCAGGGAGGUCUUUCGUAGCUGGAUCAUUGGCUGGUGUUACCUCAAGCACUUGUACUUAUCCAUUGGACUUGGCCCGAGCUAGAAUGGCUGUGACUCACAAAGACAAGUAUACGACUCUUGCUCACGUGUUUUUAAAAAUUUGGAAAGAAGAAGGAGCUCGAACAUUGUACAGGGGUUACUCACCUACUGUUUUAGGGGUAAUCCCUUACUCAGGGACUAGCUUUUUUACCUAUGAGACUCUGAAAAGGUUACAUUAUGAAUAUACUCAAAGAAAUGAACCAAAUCCUGCAGAGAGGCUUGUGUUUGGUGCUUUGGCUGGCUUGUUAGGUCAGACUUCCUCCUACCCACUAGAUAUUGUUCGCAGGCGGAUGCAGACGGCAGUUGUAACAGGCCGAAGUUAUCGAACAAUUAAAAGUACUCUUACUAUUGUAUUGAAAGAAGAAGGUUUGAUUGGUGGUCUCUAUAAAGGAUUGAGUAUGAACUGGGUCAAGGGUCCGAUAUGUGUUGGGAUCAGCUUUACAACUUUUGAUCUCCUCCAGAAAUUCUUCAGACAGCUUCAACUUUUUAGAAACAGGUAACACUCAGUACCGCUGUUGUGGAGACUAGACCUCAUGAUUGUUGCACCUGGAAAAGUUUCAUUUAGAUAUGGAAAAUAAGUUUCCAUAGUUUAAUACAAGUGUUGUUUCAUACACUUAGUGAAGAUGACUCGUCUAGUGUGGUAAGCAUGAAUGCACUCGAUCAGUCAUUAGUUUUCAUAGCUGUAGCUGUUGUUUCACACACACACACACACACACAGUGAAUAUGAUUUGGCUGAUUAAAUAAACAUGAUUGAGCUUGAGUCAUUUAAUAGGUUACAUAGUUCCAGCUGGUUUAACACACUCGCUUAGCUUAAUAAACCAGACGGUUGUUGAAUCAUUCAUUACAUUUUAGACAAAAUAUGUUGUUUUUUUUAAUUGUGAAAUAAUCUGUAGUUGAGAUAAUUAAAUACAAGAAUAUUGUUACAUAGUUCCCCCUUACUUUUUUAUCUAGUUAAAUCAACUUUACAUUGUUGCCUUUUUUUGAGUUGUAAGAUAAUUUUUUCUCUUUAAAACACAUAUAUAUAUAUAUUUUCCUCAUGAGAGCAUUGCUAUUAAAAUAUGAUAUUAAAGCAGGGGUGAAUUUCAACUGGUACAUACCAGUACCAGAAUAAAAAUGUUUUGUACCAAAUUAUAAAUAUGGUACUAAAAUACAAUUUUUAAAUUACUUAAUACAUUAUUGAAUUAUAAAAUAGUUUUAAAAAUUAUAGAACUGUGGACUGGUGUAUAUUUGCAUAUUCACAUACUUUGUUCAGGCAUAAAGUUUUACCCAGCAUUAAAGGCGUAACAUAAUCUUUAAAGUAAAAGGUUAAACUGGUUCACUUAGCUUGAUGCACCACAAAUUCAUACAGAAUUUGUAAAGUUUUCCAGCUUAAACAAUUCCAAAAUUAUGAAUCUGUUUUUUCCUUAGAUUAUUUAUAGUUUUAUUUUUGUCAUGACUGUACCUUAAUAACACAGAAUUAUACUAAAACAUUGUUACUUUGGGCGAGACUUUAUGAUCAAAUGUUUUGAUUAACACAAAAAAAUGAGAAUUUUGGCUUUUCAGUCUCUCUGUUUAUAUAAACAAUAUAAUAUUAAGAUAAUUACAAAUCAUUGUUUAUCAGAUACUGAUUUGACUAAUAAUCAUUUCGUUUAUUGAAAUUAAACUUAAAGUUUAUGUUGACUAUAUAUAUAUAUAUAUAUAUUCAUAAAUGAAGAAGUACAAAAAGGUUGAAUUCAUUGUAAGUGAUAAGAACAAAUAUUAUUAACAUACCUGUGUAAAUAUACUAAAGUGUAAUGUAAUUAAUAUGGAACUUUUAUUAAUUGCAGAAAAAAUGCAAUCUAACGUUUUCAGUUUUUUUAUCUAGAGGACUGGUACUAAUUUAACAUUCAAAGGGGUAUGGUUGAUAAUAAAUAUGUCUAUAGGUGCGUAUCAAAAAGUUGGCUGAAAACACUGUGGGGGACUUUAAAGGGGUAUGGUUGAUAAUAAAUAUGUCUAUAGGUGCGUAUCAAAAAGUUGGCUGAAAACACUGUGGGGGACUUUAAAGGAGUACGGUUGAUAAUAAAUAUGUCUAUAGGUGCGUAUCAAAAAGUUGGCUGCAAACACUGAGGGGGACUUUAAAGGGGUAUGAUUUCUAGUAAAUAUAUUUAUAGGUAUGUAUUAGAUAGUUGGCUGAAAACAUUUGUCUUAAAAACAAAAUAUUACACACACAUCACAACUCAAAUUAUGUGAAAGUUUGUAAUACAGAAUCGGGUUUCGAUACCUGGGGGGGGGGGGGCACGGUGCAGAUAGCCUGUUGUAUAGCUUUCCAUUUAAACACAAACAAAAUCAAGAUUGUUGAGCUUAUUUACCUUUCCUUUUUUUAAAAGUUUUAGUAGGAGCUAUUGAACAGAAGAAAAUUCAAAAUAUUGUUUACCUGUGUUUCACAGAGUUUUAAUAAAACUCUUACUUCCUCUAGUCAUUUGUUAUCUGGAUUUGAUUCUACCUUUUUUUCUAAACACUUCAUUACCUAAAUUGACCCAACUUAUUUCCCCCAAAUUAUCCUUUUUUCAAGAAUAUAAAGAUAAAGUAAAGAAAUCAGAGUAUGUUACAGAAAAUAAUGGCAAUAAGUUCAAUAUGGUAAUGUUCCAAAUCCUACUUAGAUUUUCAGUUAACUUUUUUUGUGUCCAUGAACCUCAGCUUGACUGUUGUGUCAAAAUUCCCUGGUCAUUACAAUGAAGAAGGUAGACACACACUAAGAGGAAAUAAACCUAUAAAGCCGGACACAGUUAACCAACCACCUAGGAUCUUACGUUUUAUUCUGUCAGUACAAAAUUGCUAAUCACAUCGUAUUUCAUGUUUGGGGGGAACAAGAAUGCAUCAAGUUUUAAACUUCUGUAACAUGUUCCUGUAGUGUUUUCACAAACAUUCUGAUCAAUUUUAUGUACAUCUUCAUUUAUCUAAAAUAAGCUGAGAGACCUCUUUUAUUUGUAGGGUAAUAGAAUGUAAAUAUUAUCAAGAUUUGUUUUUGAAAUGUUAUCCAAACUUUCCUGUUCUUUUAUAACUAUCCCAAUAACAUUUUAACAGGAUCAUCUAAUAAAGAAAAACUAACAUUUAUAGGUAUUAUACUUGAUCAAAUUCUAAGUACACGUGCAGGAAAAAUUAUUCAUUCCUAACCUUUACAACACUUUCUUGUAAUAAAAACCUGUUAAUAUUCUCACAGUUUAUGACAACACCUUUCCCAGCCAAUAUAUAUAGAUAAACAACAUUACCAGUGGCAGGUUUAUUCUUAAAUACAGUCAUUAAAAAUAUUUUUUUAAUAUUUAUUUUAAACUAAAAUUUUAUAAACUUUGAAUAACUCGAAGGGAAAUACGCCUUUUUAUGGUGGCACAAAAUUCCAAACUCGAGUGGCAAUGCUCUUGAGGGGGGGGGGAGGCAGGUAUAUGCCAACAGCAGUGAAAGAAUUAAGAUUUUCAUCCAAAUACAUUUAUGUACAUUACACUUUAAGUUUUUAAUUUAUUUAUUAAAGAAUACUGGAGUAAGAUAUAAGACAGAAAUAUCUACUAGUUUCACUUUUCAGGUUAGUGUUGACCUAUGUACAUAUUUCAUCUUAAAACAAAUUGUAUUAAAUAUAUACACGUAGCUGGGAUUUUAAAUUAAU